AUGGAAUUCAGACCCAUGAUUGAGAUGACACCACAACAACUUAAACCAUUAGUAGAAUUAGAAUUAGGGUCUCGUGAGGAAGAAGUUCCUUUUGAUCCUUUUUCUUUUUCUUUAGGAUCUAAUUGUACAGAAAAAUUAUUAAAUAAAUGGGAAAAAGAAGCAGAAGAAGCUGCUGCUGCUGCUGCUGCUGCUGCUGCUGCAGAAGGAGAGGAAGAAGAAGAAGAUGAUGAUGAUGAGGAAGAAGAAGAAGAAGAAGAUGAUGAUGAUGAAGGUACAGCAGCAGGAACUAAUGCAGCAGCAACAACAGGUACAACAGCAGAUACAGCAGCAGAUACAGAUACAGCAGCAGCAGCAGCAGCAGCAGCAGCAGGAGGAGCAGCAGACGUAGGGGCAUUAGAUAUAUUAUCCUUAGCUGUAUUAAGGAGUCAAGGGUUUGGGGAAGAAGAGAGUAAAUAUGCAUUAAUUAAAUAUAAGGGAGAUACACAAGCAGCAUUAGAUUAUUUAUUAGAUAAGGGUACCGAUCUUGUGCUGCAGCUACAGCUGCAGCAGCAGCAGCAGCAGCAGCAGCAGCAACAGCAACAGCAACAACAGCAAGGAGAACAAGAACAACAGCAACAACAACAACAGCAGAAAAAGAAAAAGAAGAAAAAAAGACAAACUGGUGCAGCAGCAAAUGCAGCAAAUGGAACAACAGCAGCAGCAGCAGCAGGAAAUACAGCAGCAGCAGCAGCAGCAGCAGCAGCAGCAGCAGAUAUAGAUAGUGUACGUUUACCAACAACAUUAAAAUGGGUAAAAAGAUUAAAAGAAGCAAGAAGACAAGAAAUGUUAUCAUGGACACAAAGAAGAGCAGAAAGGGAUGCUGCUGCUGCUGCUGCUGAUAAUAAUAAUAGCAGCAGCAGCAGCAGCAGCAGCAGCAGCAGCAGUAGUAGUAGUAGUAGUUGUUGUGGAAAUAGCAGCAGCAAAGGAUCUUUUAAUACAGACACAGCAGCAAAUGCAGCAACAGCAGAUAAAGAUAAAUCUACUGCACCUAACAGCAGCAGCAGCAGCAGCAAUAGCAGCAGCAGCAGCAGCAGCAGCAGCAGCAGCAGCAGCGAUGCAUGCAUAUCCAUAGAGUCAGGUAAUCAGGAAGGAUCUCCUGAUUCAUUGUCUGAGGAAAUAUCUGAUCUAAUAGAGAUGCAUGCAGAUCUAUCUGCUGCUGCUGCUGCUUCUCCUGUUGUUGCUGCUGCUAAUCAUAGUGCAUGCGCAGCACCUACAGAAGAAGGAUCAGCAGCAGCAGCAGCAGCAGCAGGUCCUGUUGCUGCUACAUCUGCUGCUGUAUCUUCUCUUGAUUUAUUAGAUUUAGAUGACGACAACGAUACAUCAUCAGCAGCAGCAAUAACAGCAGGAGCAGGAGCAGCAGCAGCAGCAGCAGCAGCAAAGGGGGCCCCCCCUAUACAGGUCCUCCCCUUACCGGGUUUAUUGGGGCCCUUUAAUGCAGAAGAUUGCGAAUGGAGUAAACAAAAGGAGAACGAAAGAAUUGCAAUACAAGAAACUAUUAAAUUCAAGCUAAGAAUGCAGCAGGAACUGCAGCAGGAGCAGCAGCAACAGCAGCAACAGCAGCAGCAACAGCAGCAACAGGAAGAACAGCAGCAAGAACAGAAGAAAGAGCAGCAGAAUGAGCAGCAUGAGCAGGAGCAGCAGCAAGAACAGCACCAGGAACAAUCAGCAGCAGAAGCAAUUGAUAGAAGCAGCAGCAGAAGCAGCAGCAGAAGUGAGGAAGGAUAUAAGGAUAUAGAGCAGCAAACUGCUGCUCCUGCUCCUGCUCCUGCUGCUCCUGCUGCUGCUGCUGCUGCUGCUGCUGUGCAUGCAGAGGCAGCAAAGAAAGAAGAAAAUAAAAACUAUGAUAAUCUUCUGUAA